AUGACAUUUAUCUUCAAAAACUUUCUUGGUGGCUGCAGAGUUAUGCUUUUAGCAUGGAGGCAAAAACUCUCCCAGGCACACAAACCAAGACCGCCGCAUCCAGCCGUCGUCAGCUCCGAUUUCAGGGAUGAAGCGUCUUCACCGGCGUUUCUUCUCCUCCUGAGAUCGGAGCUCCGCCUCCUCUUUCCCGGGCUCCACUUGGCGUCCGAUGGCUUUGUCACUUUUUCCGUCGGUGGCUCCACCGCUGACGAGAUCUGCUCGAACUUUUUCGCUUCUCUGCUGCUCUCCAGUCAGUGCUCUGAGAUCUUCUCACCUCCGAGUGAGUCUCUUUACGGCUCUGCCGAAUCCUCCACCGGAACCUCCGGAUCCGUCUAUUUCACGGUCAUGCCUUCGUCCUAUGGUGGGUCGACCACUGUUCUGCUCUUGCCUCCACCUCCAGCCAGUCUGGUCAGUUCUCAACCGCUGGAUCUCUUCUUCGCGUCUCCAUACUUGUAUCUUCUGGUUACUUUGCCUUUCCUGCAUCCUCACGGCUUUCAUCCCUCCACAGUCUCUCUGCUGAGUUUUAUCUCUCUGACCAAUCUAGAUCUACGCUCCGUUGGAGUCGAAUUGCAGAAGCGCACUCUCCCCAAUUCCUCAACCAUCAUCGAAUCAUCCUCCAUCCGUCUAAGCUUUGGCCAAUCGAAGCUUCACGUCCUACUCCUCGCCGGUGAAGGGACAUCGGGAUCUUGGAUUCUCGAUUUCGUCAAUUUACUCAUUUUAGUCCGGCGUUGUAAAACUUUGGGUUUGACCCAUGAUUUGUGCAUAGCGAGAUCCUUCCCUAAGCUGCCUCUACCAAUUGAAAAGCUCUGCUACUUGGUAUCUAUGGUCUCCCUAUGGGAGAGUUUGUCUUCACCUUCUUUCUCAAGAGGGAAGAGAAUCAUACCUUCAUUGAUCCUCUUUACUAGAGGUGAAUUGUAUUCGGUUAAACCGAUAAUCUUCUCCUCCUUUGUGGAGCGAGUAUUGUUAAGCUCUGUCUUAUUGGUUUUAGCCUUCAUGGCCUUAGCCUUGCGAGCAUUUCAUGACCAUUUGUUGGUCUUGGGUCUAAAGAAAGCUGCUUCCAAGUUUACCUCUCUUCUAACCUCAACAAUUCAAAGUCUCGUGGACUGGGAAUUGGUUGUUGUUGUCAUGAUGUUUGGUGGUGUGUUGUUGUUAGCUUCAGGCUAUGAAUUUGUAACAAGGGGGAGAAGAGCGAUAAAUAGAUUCUCUAUUCUAGAGGAUAAAGAAGGAUCACCUGUGUACGAAGAAGCAGAGAUCGUUGAAGUAAUCAAUUCCUACUUUCAAGAUCUUUUCAUCACAAAGUCCACCACGUGCGUUGAGACUGUGGCACAAGCCUUGAAACCAUGCGUCUCCCCCGAAACCAAUGAGGCCCUGAUAGCAAUCCCAACCACAGAUGAAAUAAAGUCAGCUUUAUUCUCCAUCCAUCCCGACAAAGCCCCAGGACCAGACGGUUUCUCAGCAAGCUUCUUCCAAACCAACUGGGAAACAGUUCAAAGCAAAGUAGUAGAAGAAAUCAAGGAGAUCUUUACCUCAGGAAUUGUGCCACGAUCCAUCAAUAACACUCAUGUGCGACUAAUCCCCAAAGUCUCCAGUCGCAGAAUAUCGUCCUAUCGCCCUCUGCAAUGUCUUCUACAAGAUAAUCUCAAAAAUCUUAACGAGCAGACUCCAACCACUCCUGUCAUCCAUCAUAUCAGAAACACAAACAGCUUAUGUCCCCGAGAGAGCUAUUUCUGA